AUUGACCGACCACAAAGUGGCUCGCUUUCGCUAGGGUCUGAAAUCACAUCGACUCGUACCAUCAUCGUCUUCUCUACUCCGUGCUCUCUCGCUUUUCUGCAUGCCCAUUCGCCCACCAUGAGCGUGGGCAAGGAGCACAAGCACAGCGACUUCUACAGCACCGAGAAUCCCAUACCGAAUAUCCAGCGCUUCGUCAAGAAGGGGCUCUCGACGCUGGUUGCCAAGAGGGCUGCCGGAGGUAGCUCGGAGGAGUCUGAGAGCGAUGAGGAUGACGAAGAUGAGGAUGACAGGCAGCUGCCUGAUGGUGGAACAGCAGGAGAGGCAUCGUCCUCUGGGUCGCUGAGAAGUGGAGGGAAGCUGAGCAAGGUGCUUCACCCGAACAGAGAGAGGAGGAUGCGACAGCAGGACGAAGCAUCUUCGCAACGGAGCAAGACAGACGACAGGGACACUGGGCAUGACGACGAGGACGAGGAUGAGGAAGCGAAGGAGGAAGAGGAGAAGGCGCCAGAGGAGCGCGCCCAGGAGAAAGCAUCAGGCAAGUACCGCAAGCAAAAGCGCGGCAAGGCCACAAAUGUCUAUGAUCCAAUUACGGAGCAGGAAAUCAAGGUCCGAGACGUGCGCAAACGUGACUAUCGGACGGCCAUGGACCGCGAAGAGGCGCGAAGACACGGCAGAGACAUGUACAGCGAAGAUUCGCAACGCCCAGUCAAUCUCGCAAAGGGCGUCUUCCCUCCUGAACAGCCUUUACCAGAGCUCAGGGAUGUCCAUCCCUGGCUGCUGCCACUCUGGCUAACCUGGUCGCUCAGCUUCAUCAUCUGGUCUCGAUCAUCCACUGCUAUCGCCUUUGCUCUAGUCAACGCCUGGCUAGGUUGGUGGGCAUUCCGGCAUAUCAAGCUCGGAGUGGACGAGAAGAGGUGGGAGCGGGAGAGUGCAAGAGGCAAGUCAGCGAACAUCGCCUCCUUGAAUAGCUACGAUCAGUCGACCAAGGGCCAGACAGGCGGAGUCGCAGGAUCACAGAGCAACAUGGAGGGGGCCGAGUGGCUAAAUAGCAUGCUGCAGAGCAUGUGGGAAGUCAUUGACCCGGCGCUCUUUGAGGCUGCGGCUGGCACGCUGGAGGACGUCAUGCAGGCGUCGGCUCCUUCCUUCAUCCACAUGAUUAAGGUCGCUGAUCUCGCUCACGGUCUGACGCCGCUUCGAGUUGCUGGAGUCAAGGCAGAGUACGUAAACCCCUCGAAAGACGGUGAUGGCGGCGGCAGCGGCGAUGACGGUGGCGAGGCAGACGAUGCAGGCAAGGUGAUCAACCUGCAAAUGUCCGUUGUGUACUCAGCCGCCAGAACUGGAGCAGCCAUGACCACGCGCAGCCGCAAUGCUCGGCUCGUCAUCUAUUUCUACCUCGGUCUACGCAAAUUCGUCUCCAUACCGCUGCCAGUCUGGGUAGAGAUCAAAGGGUUUGUAGGAACAGUGCGAGCAAGGCUUCAACUUAGCCCGGAGGCGCCAUUCAUCAAAAAUGUCACCGUCACCUUCCUCGGCCUGCCCCGCGUGCGCGUCGAGGUGGUCCCGUUGAAGGUCAACCUCGCCGACAUCCCGCUGCUGAGCGGGUUUGUCCAGUCGUCCAUCGAUGCUGCGUUGGCAGAAUACUGCGCACCGUCGAGCUUGACGCUGGACGUUGGCGAGAUCCUCAUGGGCGACAAUAUCAAGCGAGAGGUGAAUGCGCUCGGCGUGCUAGCGGUCUGGAUUCAUCGCGCCUACGACUUGGAGAAGCAGGAUCGUCGAGGCUCCUCAGACCCGUACGUCACCGUCAGCUACAGCCGACUGGGGAAAGUUCUCUAUGCUACGCGCGUAGCGCUGAACGACCUCAAUCCGCGCUGGGAGGAGUGUCACAUCCUCUUGGUCACGGCAGAGGCGGUCCGAGCGAAAGAGAAGAUCUCUCUGGCCCUCUACGAUAGCGACCUGCUUACCGCUGACGACAUCCUGGGGAGGGUCGAGUUCGACAUCGCCCCCUUGAUCAGACGGCCAGGUCAUCGCUUCCAUCGUAGCGACGCUUUGAUGGGACUGCGUAAUGAUCACACGAAGAAGGGGCAGGUGGAAACGACGGUGGCAUUCUAUAAGAAAUCGUCGAAUCGCGUCGAAAGGCAAAGAAUGGAGCAGGGGAAGAAGCAUGGACAGGAUGCAACGAAGGAGCGGGGAAACGACAUGCAGAUGAAAGGCAGCAACAGCAGCAGCACAAGCGAUGGUGAAAGUGCCGUUGCAAACGCUGGCAAGAAAGCCUCAAGCUCACCAGAGGGCCACAAAGACAGCAACGGUGAUGGCGACCCGUUCGAGAAUCUCGACGAGAAGACCAGCACGAGAGACUUGCUCAAGAUGUUGGACGCUGCUGAAAGCUCGAGGCAGACGCGCAACCAGCAAUCCUCCGUUCAAUUUUCGCCCCCGCAUCCGGACGUGCCAAGCGGCAUCCUCUCGAUCCAAGUGCACAACAUCGAAGACCUCGGAUUCCGCAAUGCCGGCGCCCAAAAGGGAAAGAGCAAUGCUCGAGGCGGCCAGGCAGGCAGCGCGGCGCAGCAAGUGGACGACGUCGAAGACGAGCAAGAGGAGUCGGCCGACACGCCCAGCUCCUACGUCUCCAUCAUUCUCAACGACGCCACCAUCAUGCGAUCCCGCGUCAAGGCAUUGACGCGCAACCCUUUCUUCAAUGUUGGGACCGAACGAUUUCUCAGAGACUGGCGCCGUGCGUACGUCAUGGUCGUCGUACGGGAUCGCCGCCUACGCGAGGAGGACGCCCUACUGGGUGUGGUACCGAUCAAACUCUCGACUCUCUUUUCGGAACACGGCACCAGCCAAGUCACACAGCACUUCCCUCUUGCUGGCGGUCUCGGAUACGGUCGCGUGCGCAUUUCGGUGCUCUUCAGGCCUGUAGAGGGGAUGCAACUCGACAAGAGCAAGCUGGGCUUCGACAUAGGGACUAUGCGAGUGCACAGUAGUCCGAGAGCUAUUGAGCUCAAAGACCCGAGCCUGCUGAAGCUCUGCUCAUUGAGAAUGCGAACUCUUGCGGGGCAGGUGAAGCUGACGAGCCGACAUCAGCGCACAGUGGACAAUGGAGAUCUGGAAUGGAGGGUGAAGCCUGAGGACUUGUGGUUGCGGGUACCGGCCAGGAGACGCUACAGUGCGCCCUUUCUUCUGGAGUUCAGAAGGCCGAACGCGGUAGGUAAAAAGUCGCUCGUUGCUGCGAGCAUCAUCUGGCUUCAAGACGUCGAGGACGAUGCGAGAUGGGAGGCAAGGCUGCCGAUUUACAAGGGCGACCCUGAUCUCCACCGCUUCCUUCAGAACUACCACGACUGGCGCAACGAAUCCGAAGCCUGCUCGCUCGGCGUGACCCGCGUCGGCACUUUAGUCGUGGAUCUGCAAUUCAAGUCUGGCAUCGGCCUCGCCCACGCCAGGCUUGACACCAACCCGGACAGCAGAGCGGUGAUGCAGGCCUGGGAGGCAUGCGUUGCUGCUGGGUUGAGGAGCGAGAAUGGAGACUUUGUACGUGAUAAUGAGGAGGAUAGCGAGGUUGUCGGAGACGAAGCGAGGGAAAGUCAGGCGACUGAAGAGAGUGAGGGAGAGUCAGACGAUGAGGAUGGUACACGAACUACUGCGCAGCGCAACUCCCCUCAAGGACAUGAUGCGGAUAGGCAAGGUCAGGACGUCGACUCUGAUGACAUCGACGACAGCCGUGAUUCAGAGGACAUUGACUCGCGCUGCAAGGGCGCAGACCCCGCUUCAAAGGCACCCCUGUCCAGCAGACUCCGCGAAUGGCGCGCCGAGUGGCGGGAGCUGGACCGACAACACCGCGGCCUGCGAGCACACAAGACGGUCCGCAGCCUAGACUGGGCGGCUGGCGGGGUGAAGAGGGCAGGAAGCAAGAUGAAGCAGGGCCUGAGCGUGCAGGACAGGGCUGCGCAGCCAAUAGACUCGGAGCUCUAA